AUGCCCAUUACUCCAGACGAGGGUGCACAGAUCAAACCCGCGCUUGCAGCUCAUUCGCCGACACCUUCCAGCAAACAACAACCAAGGCUCAACCGAAAUGGCACCCCUAACUUACCUUCCGAAACGAUUGCAUACGCCGCGUACGACGGUGCGACGCGAGGAAAGUACGAUGAAGGUGGAGGGGGAUGGUCCGGCUUUCGAAAGGGACUUGGACCAGACAUGUUGGUUCCCGUCGCCGCACCCACCGAGUCCCGUACGUACUAUGUCGAAUCCGCCACAUCUCGACGAGAUGGUCCACGUCCAGCUCAAGUCUACCGUGUGAAGUCGCCCAGCACCUCUCAUUCUCCACCAGCCAAAGAAGCCGAUGCGGUCGACUCAUCAUCCGUCAGCGAUGUUGUGAUGAAGGAUGAUCCCCCUUUAACCCAUGCUAAUCGCCCAACAACACCGCCCACCAAGGAAGAGUCCCUUGCUGAACGUGUUUCCAAGGAGCGCGCCCGUCGUCGUUCGCAGAAUACACUGGCUGCACGCCGUAGCAGAGCAAGGAAGCUCGAGACUAUGCUGAAUCUGGAAUCCGAGCGCGAUCGUGCACUCGCUAGAGUCGCGGAGCUAGAGAAGAGGCUCUCGGAUGCCCUGGAGCAGAUCAACAUCUUUCGACAAAAACUAAACGUAGUGGAGGCACUCGGGACAUUAGGAUAA